CACAUUUGCAUUUUCUUCCGCAUCCUUUCAUGCAUCGUCGCGCCGGCCAAUUGCUUGCAGACAUCCGGCCCAAUGUCCAGCCAAUAAAAUCAUAUCCGAAAGUAACGCCAAUAAAGAAAGAUGGUUCAAAGACCUCCAAUCGUCAAUUUCAAAAGUCACCGUCCAGUGAACUCGAUGCAGCAUUCAAAUUAACGGAUAAGCUUGUCCGUGUUGCCGCUGGCACCAAGUUCACUCCCAAACGCCCAUGGAAGCACACGCAGACGUUACGAGGCGACGAAAUGCGUCUAUUGGAGAGGGUGAAGCCGAAGCCACCCAUGACAGAAACGCAAGCUAUUUUCGCAAAUGAUGUAGAAGAUGCAGACUCUGGGGUGGGACCUGAGGACUCUUCGUCAGCUUCUACUAUAGAGGUUGGAUCCCUUGUUGAAAUUCGAAGGGGUUCCAUAUAUGCACACGGUGUGGUCUUAGGCCAUUCGUAUAUGAACGGUCGCAUGUGGCAUCUCUCCUUACUCAGUACAGGCGAAAUUGUUCAGCAUGUCGAGUCAGAUGUGUACAUAGAGGUCCCUCGCAUUGCUGACAGGGACCUCGCCCUCCGCGCAGGCACCGGCGUAACCCCAGUGGACCGCGUAGAGACUAAUGCGCGGGUUGAAAUCCUGAAGUACCUACGGGAGGCCGAAAAAGAAAUAAACAAAGCAUUCAUGGUUAUUGGGCGGAAGAAUACAACUCUAUAUCCCCGUGUGCGGGCGAAGCACCCAGACGAGUGGGCAUCCAUCAGUCUUUCAGAGGCUGCGAAGCUGUUGUGCGAUUAUAAACCGGAGAGCUGGUCGACUCUUUUCGCAGCGCAUAAAUAUAUCAUGGGUCGCCCUAUCGAAUUUGUGCCCCACAUGCAGUCUCACAGACUUGCGCUCAUGUACGACGUGCGGCCAGAAAACCAUGUUGUCAAACUGCAGAGAGUUGUGGAUAUGGUGCGGCAAAGGAGUCCGGAAUUGGAGGCGUUUAUCGAGAAAGCUCGGGGCCUCAUUCUUAAUGCCAGAGAGAAGGCUGCCGAAUCUUGGGAUGAGCCUCCGAGCAGAGUUAUCACUGAUCGCACCAUCCUUGAUGUUUUGCACCUUGCAUUACGCAGGACGCGUAACACCGGUAUUGAUCCCUUUUCUGGAGUGGUCACAUCCAUCAUCAAGAGGGUUGGCUUGCAUGCUCAUAAAAUGGUGGACGACGUGUGUCUGCGGCAGUUCUUGAUAGAGAUGGGGGAGAUGGCCCCUUGGGAGGAUAUGGUAACCCAGAGGAAGGAGCUGAAUCUGGACGCGACGCCGGACGAGGAGUCGCAGCGCGUCAGAGAUCAAGACGCUCUUGUCAAGAGGAGCCUGUCUUCAUUGCGACCAUCGCGGGCGAAGGCAAAGCAACCAUUAGGACCAGAAGACUUCUAUGAUCGUGAUCUCGUCGAACAUCUGCGACACGACUUCGGAAAAUUACCAGUCUACGUGAUUGACGACGUGAGCGCAGAAGAGCUGGAUGACGGCUUGUCGGUAGAACCUGUUCUUAACGAGCCUGGUUCGGCUUGGAUACACGUCCAUAUUGCAGACCCUACUGUCGUCCUUCCACCUACUCAUGCCAUCUCAGAAGCAGCACGUCGAAUGUGCUCAUCCGUAUACUUCAUCCACAGGACAUGGCCUAUGCUACCUCCUUCCCUUACCCACAACCGAUUAAGUUUGGGCUCGCAUUCUUGCAAGGGGGAGCCAGAGCCUGUGCUUACAUUCAGUUUCAAGCUAGACACUGAAGGCAACAUGGUCGACUACGAUGUUAAAGCGGGUCUCAUUCGCAACGUCAAGAAAGUUGAUUACGAUAGUGUGGAUCGACUUCUUGGCAAAGAAGCUGUUCAAUAUGGCUACCCGUUCGAGGCACCCCAAACCCCUAGAGUCUCCCAUGUAUCUGUACUAGAAACAAAAGAUGUGGAGAAUAUGCGUCUCAUGGACGACCUGACACGCAAGUUCCGACAACGCAACCGUCAAACACUAAAUCCAUUCGUAUUCUCGGCUUCAAUGGCUACUCUUGUGGCCACUGAAAAACCAAUCCAUGGCGCUCCGACAACACCGGCUUGGAAUGCUUCGUACCAUCGUGGUUUUCCUAACCUUACCUAUCAAGUGUACUCUCAAAGCAUAGUGGAGCGCGGCUCGCGGUUGCUUGUUGCUGAAUGCAUGAAAACAGCAUCUCGCGUUGCUUCGCGGUGGUUCGCCGCCAAGGGAGUGCCAAUGUUGCGUCGUUCCGCACGGGCUCCGAUAGCCCUCGAGGACAACAGAGACAUCGACAAGCUAGUUGCGAGGAUGGAUGAGGAUGGAUUUGUGGAUCACACGGAGUUCCUCCAGUCGAAAUUGCACAUUCCACCUGUCGAGUACGUCCUUGAGCCAGGUAUGCACUGGUCCAUGGGUAUCCCAGAAGGGGAAGGUUAUGUCCGUGUCACGUCACCGCUACGACGGUACAACGACCUAGUUGCUCAUUGGCAGAUCAAGGAUGUACUGCUUCGGCCGAAGGCAUCUACGCGUCUUUUCACUCCCGGGUGGCUUACUACCUACGCCACCGAGGUAAUUGAGUACGAGAAGCUUUGGAAGCAUAGUGAUCGAAAUCAUCGCAUGCAGUGGACACUCAUGUACAUCAAGCGCUUCCUUGACCACCCAAACCCUCCCAGUGAUCGCGUCGACCCUUUGCAUUCCUUCAGUGCAUAUAUCACAGAGCCUAGCAGGAGGCGCGACGUGCUGACAAACGUGUUUCAGUGCCACAUCCCAUCACUUGGUCUACCAGGAACAAUUGUCACGCCUAGGACCACGGAUAUUCCGGUAGGGCAGUAUGUGAACGUAAGGGUCAAGGACGUGCAGGUCGGUUUGAAGGCGUUGUUCCUCCUGGAGCUAUGUGGCGGCAUAUAG